UGAGCGCACGGUUGUCUGUUGGCUAAUGUUAGGUUACCCCAUGUACAAUCAACUAAACCCAUUUUUACUUGAAUACAGCGUUUAAGCUUCUUUAUAUCCAUGCAUUUCCUGAAAUGUUCGGAGUUGUGUGCUCGAGAGGCACACGUUGUCUCAAGUGGAUUGGGUUCUGCAUCUCUGUACACGUGAAAACAAUCGCGUCUUUCGGGUACAACACAGAUGUUCCAGACCUGAAAGUCUCUUCGAACAAAUUAUGUACAGUUCAAAACAAGCAGGUAAAGUCAGGACAACGGAAACAGGUGUGCAAACUCGUACUGGACCACUUCGACAAGCAGUACAGUGAAGAACUCGGUCAACUGUGGACAACAGCAAGGGAAGUGCUCCUGGAUCCUCGGUGUUGGCAGUAUGGCGUGAUGCUGAAUCGCUUUAGUGAGUCGUCAGAGCUUACGCAGCUCCUCCAGACGCAAGACUACUCCAGCCUCCUGCCCCAGGACUCUGGUUCCCUACAGUGCUUUGUGCACCAGUCCCACAUUAGAUUCCCCUCCCAAAAGCACCAGCCGGGCCAGCUCAAACAGUACUACCUCCUGAACGCAGCCUCUUUGCUCCCUGUGCUGGCCCUGGGGGUGAGGGAUGGGGACAGGGUUCUUGACCUGUGCUCUGCUCCUGGUGGCAAAGCCGUGGCCGUGCUCCAGAGUGCCACCCCAGGACUGUUGCAUUGCAAUGAAUUGGACUGUCACAGAUGGAAGUGGCUGGCAGAGACUCUGGAGUCCUUCAUUCCGCAGACCCUAAACGAUGCCGUCACGGUGUUUAAUCUAGAUGGAAGACUCUUUGGGCAGAUCGAAGCAGGCGCGUAUGACAAGGUGCUAGUGGAUGCCCCCUGUUCCAACGACCGCAGCUGGCUUUUCGCGGCCCCCCAGCAAGGUGCCCUCCGGCUGCAGGAGAGAGCUAAACUCCCCGAGCUGCAGACAGAGCUCCUCAGCUCGGCUCUGGCGGCGGUACGUCGCGGGGGCACAGUAGUCUACUCUACCUGCACCCUCUCCCGUGCAGAAAACAGCGCGGUGGUGGAGAGGAUCCUGACCUCCUGUCCCAACGUGGAGCUGCAGGGCCUGGGAGAGCUGGCCCGCUCCCUCUCCCACCACUUCACCUUUGAUCCAAACUCCAAAUUGGGCAUCCUAGUUGUCCCAGAGAAGGGCAGGACUUGGGGACCCAUGUUUGUCGCCAAACUGAAAAAACACUGAUAUUACAGGCUCCUCUUUGUUUGACUUGUUUGUGUAUUGUAAUAUCUGAUGUUUUGCUAGGUUUUGCUAGCAUUUAAGAUGGUUUAUAAGGAUGUAUUACAUCCUACGUAAUGCCUGCCUAGAUAUUUGACUGCCGUACAUUUAUUAUUACAUUGUAUGUAAUUAAAGCUUUGUUUGUUUGUUGUAUUUAUAAUAAAGGUAACACAGCUAGUUGACUUAGCUGGGAAGUUGGUGUAUGGGUUGUCUUCUCAUGACAGAAGUGUCUUUUUAUGGUAUUGUGCUGAUGUCACAGAAACCUGCCGACUCCAUGUGGGACAGCAUA